CUCUCCAAACACAAGCACCCAUACAAUGUCGUCAUCGUCGCCGACACUCGCCACCGCAUCAGCUGCAGUGGACUUUAUCAACGCCUCGCCGUCGGCUUUCCACGCUGUGGCAACGACAAGGGAGACUCUGCUCGGUGCUGGGUUUGUGGAGCUGGCCGAGGGAGAGGUGUGGACGCUCGAGACCGGCGGCAAGUACUUUGUCACCCGCAAUCAGUCGGCUGUCAUGGCCUUUGCCGUCGGUGGCGGGUACACGCCCGGAGCGGGUUUUACCAUGCUCGGCGCUCACACCGACUCGCCGUGCCUCAAGGUCAAGCCCAUCUCGCACAAGGCCUCCGAGGGUCUGCUCACUGUCGGCGUCGAGGUCUAUGGCGGGCCUAUCCUUCACUCGUGGUUUGAUCGCGACCUUGGUCUCGCCGGCCGCGUCGUCGUCCGCAAGGCCGAUGGCUCGCUCGGCUCGCACCUUGUCCGCGUCCACCGCCCGCUGCUUCGCGUCCCGACCCUGGCCAUCCAUCUUGACCGCAAGGUCAACUCGGGCUUCUCAUUCAACGCCGAGACGGAGCUCCUGCCGGUCCUCGGCUCGGCCUUCCAGCUUGCCUUUGCCACCGACGACGCGCCCGCCGGCGCCGCCGCCACCUCGGACACCGAGUUUGAGGUCUCGCUCGGCCAUUCGACCGUCCUCCUCGAUGUCCUUCUCGAGGCGCUGGCUGCUGAAGACGGGUGUGCUGGCCUCGCGCGCGACGCCAUUGUCGACUUUGACCUCGUCAUGUACGAUGUGCAGGACGGGACGCUCGGCGGCGCCCAGAACGAGUUUAUCUUUGCCUCGCAGCUCGACAACCUCAUGAUGUCGUUCUGCGGCCUCCGCGGCCUGCUUGGCUCGCUCGACUCGCUCGCCGACGACACCAACGUCCGCCUUGUCGCCCUCUUUGACAACGAGGAGGUCGGCUCGCAGUCGGAACACGGCGCCAACUCGAACCUGCUCCAGCGCCUUGUCGAGCGUAUCAUCCACGGCCUUGCAGAGGCUGCCGCCGCCGCUGGCUCGCCCGACGUCCAGCUCUCGUCGCUCUACGACCGCACCAUCCGCAAGUCGUUCUUCGUCUCAGCCGAUAUGGCCCACGCCGCCCACCCCAACUACCGCUCCAAGCACCCGGACACCUCGCGUCCAGCCAUGAACAAGGGCCCGGUCAUCAAGUACAACGCCCGCGAGCGCUACGCGACCACCGGCGUCUCAGCCGCCAUCCUCAAGGAGGUCGCCGCUCGCGCCGACGUCCCGCUCCAGGCCUUUGCCUGCCGCAACGACAUCCCCUGUGGCUCCACCAUCGGGCCCAUGACCUCGGCCCACCUCGGCGUCCGCACCGUCGAUAUGGGCAACCCGCAGCUCUCCAUGCACUCGGCCCGCGAGAUGUGCGGCUCGCGCGAUCCGGCUCUCGCCAUCGCUCUCUUUGAGGCCUACUUUACCCACUUUGCCGCCAUCGACGCCACUCUCCACGAGUCGUUCCCGGCCGCAGCUGCGUCUUCAUAAACCCGUCCCGCCCGUACAUGCACC